AUGGUGCAGAUGGGCGGAGCUGGCAAUUCCUCUCCACCACAGCAGCAGGGCGAGAAACCCACCUUUAACUAUGUGGAAAAGCAGUUAACUGUGGCCCCAGAGCUGCCCCACAAGUGGGAUGUGGGUGGGAAGACCAUGCGUGGAGGUGUCCUACAGCUCUUCCCACAAGGCUGCUGCCUGUCAAAAGGCGAUGGGACACAUUACGAGCAUCCCAUAUCCUCUCCAGGAUGUGCUUUUGCAGAUAAGCGUCUUGUAGCCUGCAGUUUCCUCUCCUUAAUGUCCCUGUCUCAUCCCCUUAGGAAGAAGACCAUCUACAAAACAGUUUGCCUCUCCUUCUUGCUGGUGGUCACAGUGACAGUGCUGCAAAGGGGAAUGGCCCCCAGCCAGUUCAUGCAGGGCCAGCAGCAGAAAGAGCUGCCCCCUCCAGAGUCCCUGAAAACACAAAAGAGAGACAACGCCUUCUCCAUCACCAGCACCUUCUGGAAGAAUAGGAAGGAGAAAAUCCCUCUGAAGGAGGAGGAGAGAGUGAUGGCAAAGCAAGGGAAAUCCUGGGAUGUCACCACUACCAACUGCUCGGCCAACCAGAACUUGAGCAAGGCGGACUGGUUCAAAGGGCUGGAGCCCAACUUCCAGCAGUUCCUGCUCUAUCGGCACUGCCGCUACUUCCCCAUACUGAUCAACCACCCGGAGAAAUGCAGCGAGGAUGUCUACCUGCUCAUUGUGGUCAAGUCUAUCAUCACACAGCAUGACCGUCGCGAGGCCAUCCGGAGGACCUGGGGCCAGGAGAAGGAGGUGGAUGGCAAGAGGAUCAGGACGCUGUUCUUGCUGGGCACGGCCUCCAAGGAGGAAGAGAGAGCCAACUACCAGAAACUGCUGGAUUAUGAGAACUACAUCUAUGGGGAUAUCUUGCAGUGGGAUUUCCUGGACAGCUUCUUCAACCUCACCCUCAAAGAGGUCCAUUUCUUGAAGUGGCUGAACAUCUACUGUGACAACAUCAGCUUCAUCUUCAAAGGUGACGACGAUGUGUUUGUGAGUCCCAGCAACAUCCUGGAGUUCCUGGAGGACAAGAAGGAGGGAGAGGACCUCUUCGUGGGAGAUGUUCUCUACAAGGCUAGGCCGAUCCGGAGGAAGGAGAACAAGUACUACAUCCCCAGCGCCCUCUACAACAAAAGCAUGUACCCACCCUAUGCAGGGGGUGGAGGCUUCGUCAUGGGUGGGCCUUUGGCCAAGAGGCUGCACAAGACUUCAGAGACGCUGGAGCUGUACCCCAUUGAUGACGUCUUCCUGGGGAUGUGCUUGGAGGUCCUUAAAGUAUCACCUGUUGGGCAUGAAGGCUUCAAAACUUUUGGCAUUGUGAAGAACAAGAACAGCAAGAUGAACAAGGAGCCGUGUUUUUUCCGGAGUAUGUUGGUGGUUCAUAAACUGCUGCCUCCAGAGUUACUCCAAAUGUGGGACUUGGUCCAUAGUAACUUGACGUGCUCGAGAAAACUCAAUGUCCUUUAG